AUGGAUAUUGACAAAGAUACUUCGACGAGCGGUAGUACAACAGAAUUUGUUCCUUAUGUGGAUAGCAAUCAUAAUCGUCGUAAAACAUCACCAUCGUUAAGUCCAACACGUCUUUAUUCAUCACCACUAAUGGGUACAUCGGCUCGUGCGGCUAAACGUCGUCUAGAUGGUGAUAUGGGUCCAGUACGUAUUGAUGGUACAGAUACAUAUAACCAACAACUUCAACAUCAUUAUCAAAAUGUUCGACAAGUUUUAGAUGAUCAAGAGUCAAGUCCAACAAAUAUUAAUCCUAAGAAUGAAUCAAGACAAUCGUUUAAUGCAAAACGAAAUUUUUUUGAAGAACGUUUCAAACCACCACCACCACCAACAUAUGAUUCUCCUCCACGUGAACAUCAAUCGCCACAACAAAUAGUUACAACAAUAACAACUACAACAUCAACAUCACCAAAAUUACUUAAUCGUAAAAGUUUACAAUUAAAUGAUUCAUCUCUAUCAGUUGAUCAUAUACUUGAACAAGCUAAUGAAUUACAAAAAUUAAGUAAUGAUAAUUCAACUAAAGAUGCAUCACAACAAUCUCUUGUUAUUGAACGUACACAACAAUAUCAAGUUUAUUUGGAUCGAACCAGUAAUCCUGAAGUUCGUCAUACAUCGUCUAGUUCAGAUUUAAAAAAAAAUCAAACUACUGAUCUUGAUCAAGCUCAAACUGAAGCACAAAUGAAUCGUUCAAUUGAUGAUCAUCAAGCUAUUCAACAGUUAACACGUGUAUUAAAAGAACAUAGUUCAACAACAAAUCUAUAUAAACGUUUAUCAUCACAAACAAGUCCAGUUCUUAUUAAUUCAACAACAACAACUACUACUACAAUUCCGACAGAUAUUAAACUUGCUGAUUUAACUAAUAAACCUAUAGGAAAUGAAUUUAGUGUUAUUGAUGCUCUACUUGAUAAUCCAAUAGGAACAAAUAAUAGUAAACAAAAUGAUACAUUACAUAAACGUUUUAAUAAUAUUAUAACAAGUUUACAAAAUUCUGAAUAUGUUAGCUUACUCAGACAGUCAAUAACAAGAUCAUCAAAAAAAAGAAAAUCAACAGAUGAAACACAAUUAACAAAUUCUUCAGACCAAACUCCAUUACUUAGCUCAAAACAAAAGAAGAAAAACAAGAAAAAAGAAAAAAAAUCGAAAAAAACAGAACCUAAAACUUAUCAAGUUAUUGAUGCUCUUGUCAAUAGUCCCAUUAUUCUUCGUCUACCAGAUUCUGUUUUAAGAAAAUACAAUGUUAGACCUCCAGUAUCUCAAUUAUCUCCUUUCUCAUCAAUAAUAACAAAAGAUAACAAUAAUCUGUUUCAUCAACCAACAGACUACCGAACUAAAAAUGAGACUAGAAAUAGCCUUGUCAACGAACCUAUGAUACGUCAUACAGCUGCUGCAAAUGCAUCAAUUCCUCGAGCAACAAAAGAAUUACAACAGCCGAUUAAACCUAAUUAUUUCCAUGACGGUGCUUAUCAACAACAUCCAAUAAGUAAUUCUAAUCAACCUGAAGCACCAAUUCAACCUCGUAUUAUCUAUCGAUAUCUUGAUGAACGAGGAAAUGUACUUAAAUUAUCAUCAACAGCACCAUCACAAUUACGUGAAAAUACUCCUGAACAAUCACAACAAACUUCAUAUCAACAUGUUGAACCAAAAUAUUUUCAUAAUCGACAAAUAAUGACAGAUGAUAAUCGUCAUGCUUUUAUACCUGAACGUCAAGAACGUAGAACAUGGCAUGAGCAAUCAAAUAUUCCAACAACAAAAAAUGAUAAGUACAACGUACAUGAUAUACGUGAUUCACGAUUAAGUGAACGAUCAACACCAACAACACGUACUAUACCAUUAACAAUUGAACGUGAACAUUCAAGAAGAACUCCUACUCAACAAAAUCCACAACAUUUUGCAACUCAACAAAAUUUGAAAUUAACUUGGUUACCAUUAUCAUAUCAAUUAGAUCAACCUUAUAUACCAAGUACACCCGUUGGUGAUGAUACAGAUUCAACAACGAGUGAUCAUUCAGUAACAUAUCGUACUUAUGAUUAUUUACCUAUAAAUAAUACUCGUUCGCAAUCAAAUAGUCGACCAUUAUUUCGACAUGAUUAUUAUCAAGAUCCUUCACCAGAGAGAAAAACAUAUACAUCACCACCACGUGUAUCAUCUCGUAAUAGUCGAAAUAUAUCACCAGCUUAUAGUUCAAAAGGUUUCUCACGAAAUUAUAUUGAAAUAUUUCGUGAUGGUGAAACAAAACCAAGUGAAAUUUAUUCAUUACCUAUAAAUGAACCUGGAAAUCGUCAUCAUUCACGUUAUGAUCAACAUGAAGCAGAAAUAUCUGGUAAAUUACAUGGUCCAUUAAUAACUCGACAUGAAAAAAAUAUUCCAUCAUCAUCACCACCACCAUCAAAUCAUGAUUCAUACUAUUCUCGUACAGCUCAUAAUAGUCGAAAUCGUGAUGAUAAUAAUUUUGACUCAUAUUUAUCUCAAUCAAAAUCAUUUGAUUAUCGUCCAUUACGUACAAAACUUCAACGUGAAUAUAAAAUAACACCUAGUUUACUUGUUGAUGAAUGGGAUCAUCCUCAACAAUCAAUAUCAAAUGAUUCAUAUAAAACAACAAGUGUUUCAUCACCCGAUGAUGUUUUUAUUAAUAAUCAUCAUCAUCGAAUAAACAAGGCAUAA